CGCUACCACACUCACCCCCGCACACUUUCCUUUUCUUCUUCAUUUUUGUUUCCUCAAACCAAAAACAAACCGAAAGCCAAGGAGACAUCCACCAAACUCACAAACAGAUGCGAGUGUCUCUGUAGCUUCUACGCACACACCUCUCUCUCUCUCUCUCUCUCUCUCUCUCUCUCUCUCUAUACACACUGACACACACGCACAUAUAUAUAUCACCUACAUUUGACCUAAUUGACUCGAACAAGAAUAGAUACAGAGAAAGAGAGAGAGGGAGAGAGAGAUGGGGAAUUCGUUCGGAUGCUCGGCAUCGGGAGAGAGGCUGGUGUCGGCGGCGAGAGACGGCGAUUUAGUGGAGGCGAAGAUGUUGCUCGACUGCAACCCUUGCCUCGCCAAGUACUCCACCUUCGGCGGCCUCAACUCGCCGCUCCACUUCGCGGCGGCUAAAGGCCACAACGACAUCGUUGCCUUGUUGCUCGACAACGGAGCCGACGUGAAUUCCAGAAAUUACUGCGGUCAGACCGCAUUGAUGCAAGCAUGUCGGUAUGGGCACUGGGAAGUUGUUCAGACUCUCCUUCUCUUCAAAUGCAAUGUAACGAGGGCAGAUUAUCUCAGUGGAAGAACAGCUCUCCAUUUUGCAGCUGUACAUGGGCAUGUUAGAUGCUUAAGACUGGUGGUGGCUGACUUUGUCCCGAGUGCUCCUUUUGAAACCAUGAAUGCUCCAGCGAACAGUGAAGGAGGUGAUAGUUCAAAUACAAAGAGCAAAAAUGACCAAAGUGCACUGUCCAAGUUUGUGAACAAGGCUGCUGAUGGUGGUAUUACUGCUCUUCAUAUGGCUGCAUUGAAUGGGUAUUUUGAUUGUGUACAACUCUUACUUGAUCUUAAUGCAAAUGUCUCGUCUGUGACAUUUCAUUACGGGACAUCAAUGGAUUUGAUUGGAGCUGGAAGCACCCCUUUGCAUUAUGCUGCUUGUGGGGGAAAUUUAAAAUGCUGUCAGAUCCUGCUUGCAAAAGGAGCCAGUCGGUUGACAUUAAAUUGCAAUGGGUGGCUUCCUAUUGAUGUUGCCCGGAUGUGGGAGCGUCAUUGGCUGGAGCCUCUGCUUUCACCUAAUUCUGAUUCAUUGAUACCAGUGUUUCCUCCUUCUAAUUAUUUAUCCUUGCCUCUAAUGAGCGUUCUUAAUAUAGCAAGAGAGUGUGGCUUGCAGUGCUCUACAACCUGCUCCGACGAUGCUGAGAUUUGCGCUGUUUGCCUGGAGAGAGCAUGUACAAUUGCAGCUGAAGGUUGUGGGCACGAGCUUUGUGUAAGAUGUGCACUUUAUCUUUGCUCAACAAGCAACGUUACUUCUGAGGUGCAAGGGCCACCCGGUUCCAUUCCCUGCCCUUUGUGUCGCCACAGCAUAAUCUCUUUCGUUAAGUUACCUGGAUAUCCGGAAAAGGAAAUGAAAAUGCAUCUUUCCCUGAGUCUGUGUACCCCGUGCAUGCUUCAUCCUUGUGAAGCAGACCGAACAACGCCGGCCUCCAUGACAGAGAUACGGAAAAAUCGUGUUGCUUCAGUUUCCUCAGACCUUCUGUGCCCUGUCACGUGCAGUCCGUUUCCUUCUGUUGCCAUGCCUUUGUGCACUUGUAGUGAUGGACCAUGUGCAUCUUGUGAGCCCCAAGAGUCUGAAACGCAGGGUGGGGCCCCCCAACACGCGCAACCGACAUCCGCAGACCCGGACAAGAUGGAGGGCGUGAGGCUGGAGAAAACGAGUUGCUCGAGCAUGUUCUGGGGCCGGAGAAGCUGCAGCCGAGAGCAUCAGUGCAAUUCCGAGAUCAAUGCCUGAUCCCUGAUCGUUUGGAUCACGCGCUCUCUUGUUCACCGGCAUCAGGAAAGGAAAGGAAAGUUGUGUGUGUCUAACAAGUAUGCCGGUUGAUCCAAAAUCUUGUGUCGGGAAUUUUGCUCUCUGACAGAGCCCUCCAUCAUGUCCAUGGACCCUGGUUGUGAUUGUCGCUCUUUCAUUUCUCAAACACCCGUGUUUGAUUCCGCUUCUAUUUGGCCUUGGCUGGUCCUUCCUGAUGGAUCUCCAUUUCGGAUCACAAUUCACAGCGUUUUGACUACUUCCAGCUUACUCCAUCGGUUACACUUUUGUGGGUAGGGGCUUGUAAAUUUUGUAUGUUGGGUUUAUUAUAUGAAAGUUUAUUGUAACUGAAUGUGAUGAUUGUAGCUGAGGAACAUUUUUCUAUGAUUCUGAAAGCAGUUCUAUUUUGCAAAUAUAUAAACAUGAAUGCCUAGAGCCAGA